AUGUCCUCUGCACUGGUAUACGGCGGAGGGUGCAUCGGAGCGGUAUCGGCCUACCUGCUCUCUCAGAAACUGAGCCCCGAACGCAUCGCCCUUAUCUGUCGGUCCAACUACAAGGAGAUUAAAGAAAAUGGCAUCACAAUCAACUCGGGUCUUUGGGGCUCGCAAUUGAACGUGCGGCCUGCCGUGUAUCAGUCAGUCGACGCUGCUGUGGCCGAGCAAGGCUUCGCAUAUGACUACGUCUUCAUCACGACAAAGGCGCAGUCCAAGGAGGAUACAGACACCGAGGCUGUAGCGUCGGCCAUCUCCUCUACCACGGCCAUCGUGCUCAUGCAGAAUGGCGUGGGCAUCGAAGACCCCUGGCAUACCAGGUUCCCAGACAACCCCGUCAUCAGCGUGGUCAUGUACCUGCCGGUCACGCAGACGCAGCCGGGGGUGUUCUCCCACGCACUCUACCACGUAUUCCAGAUAGGGACGUUUCCGCACAAUGCGCCUGAGCGGCAUCAAUCGAUGGCAAAGAACCUGAGCGCCAUCCUGAGUUUGAGUGGAGCCAAGGCGGCGGUCUUUGACGAUGUCCAGCCGUGCCGAUGGAGAAAGAUGCUAGUGAACGGGUCCGAGAACCCAAUAUGUGCCCUCGUCCAGCUGCCAGACGUGGCUUUCUUCCAGAGCAGUCCCGGGGCGACCCAGUUCACCCGCGACGUCAUGAUAGAGAUUGCGUCCGUGGCUCGAGCGGCCGGGUAUCCCGCCAUUACGGACCAAGUCGUGCAGGAGCAGCUGGAUGUGAUGACGGGUCGGCCGUUCCCGGGUGUCGAGCCGAGCAUGAUGGCCGAUGCGAUGGCGGGACGGCAGAUGGAGGCUGAUGCCAUCAUCGGGAAUGUGGUGCGGAUAGGGAGCCAGUAUGGGGUAGAGACGCCGCGGCUGAGUACACUUUACUAUCUCAUCCAGGGCCUGAAUUAUCGUCACAAGCGAGGCGUGCCUGUUAGAGGAUGA